UUCUAUGUUGUUUUAUGUUGUUAUUAUGCCUAAGCCCGUAAUGUUAUACCCUAUAUCUCAACAGCCCGUCAUGUCAUGUUGUAGGCAUCCAUAACGCAGCACCUAUGCCCUAUAGCUUGAUCAGUUGGAUUCCACAUUGCUAAUACGACUUCCUUAAGAAAACAACGGGUCUGAUGAUCUAUAGCAAUGAAUUGCAGGAAUGACAGCUGCAUAGCCGAAAAAAUUAAAAAUAGGAUUUACGGUCAAGUCCAAGUCAACAUCAUGUAAAAGAGACGAGUUGUGAAUGGUUUCCAGUGCAGGGACGUGUUCACACACCUUCUCCCGGUCGGUGACGUCACAUCUAAUUAACUGUACAGAACUCCUCCCCCCUACUAUUUCAGUCCUAACACAGGAAUUGGAAUUCCAGAGGACGGAGAGCAGAAUCCCAGGGAGGAACAAUAAGCAGAGAUCAGCUCUCCAGAACUCUCCAGGAGUUGGCUGCAGGACAAGCCGAGUUGACGUCUGUGAUCCCUCCCCCAAGGAAAAAAAGCUGCCAAAAGUCCACAGGCCGAGCCUCAAAGCCACGUGACAAUGGAGCGUUCAACUCAGGAGCUGUUCCUCAACUUCAUGAUCGUCCUGAUCACGGUCCUCCUCAUGUGGGUACUUGUGAAAUCUUACCAAAGCUAAUGGACGUCACAAACUACAUGGAACGAAUCAAGCGAAAUCGUCUUGGACUUUCUUUCUACCACUGCAACCUCAAGGUGUGCCGUGCCCUGUCACCAAGCAUCUAGAUCCACCAUCACCACCGAAUUAGGUCAUUGUCAGAUCUAUGUAUGCACCUACCCGUGGUCUUGUAACCAGAGCGUUCUGCACCCCCCGACCUUUCCAACCUGAGCGUUCACUUCCCUACGAUUAAUUAUUUGACUGUGAUCAAAUAUUCAAGUGAGAUUUAAACAGAAUAGAAAUGUUUAGUCUGCCGGGAGAAAGCGAAGGGAAAAAUGUAAAACUUCUGCCUUAAAAAUAUACUGGGGAUGUUUGUAUUAAAGAAAAGUUGAACACUUGAAUUUCAUGCAUUUUUCAUUACAAUAAAA